AUGCUAGGCUCUGACGACUUUUUCUAUGUUGGGGGCAGUCCUAGCACAGCGGACCUGCCUGGAUCUCCAGUUAGCAACAACUUCAUGGGCUGCCUCAAGGAGGUUGUGUACAAAAACAACGAUGUCAGACUUGAGUUGUCUAGGCUGGCCAAGCAGGGUGAUCCCAAGAUGAAGAUCCACGGUACUGUGGCCUUCAAGUGUGAGAAUGUGGCCACCCUAGACCCCAUCACAUUUGAGACGCCCGAGUCUUUCAUCAUCCUCAACAAGUGGAACGCUAAGAAGACAGGCUCCAUCUCCUUUGACUUCCGCACCACCGAGCCCAACGGCCUUCUCCUCUUCAGCCACGGCAAGCCCAAGCAGCAGCCAAAGGAUUCCAAGAGUCCCCAAACGCUCAAGGUGGACUUUUUUGCCAUUGAGAUGCUGGAUGGUCAUCUGUACUUGCUGCUGGACAUGGGCUCAGGAACCACAAAGACCAAGGCUGUCAAUAAGAAAGUCAAUGAUGGCGAGUGGUACCAUGUUGACUUCCAGCGAGAUGGAAGAUCAGGUACCAUAUCUAUCAAUACCCUUCGUACUGCUUACACAGCCCCUGGAGAAAGUGAAAUCCUGGACUUGGAUGACAAUCUGUACCUCGGGGGUCUGCCAGAGAACAAAAUGGGGCUGGUGUUCCCCACUGAGGUGUGGACAGCACUGCUCAACUAUGGCUACGUGGGCUGCAUCAGAGAUUUAUUUAUUGACGGACAGAGUAAGGAUGUCCGACGCCUGGCCGAGAUCCAGAAGGCUGCUGGGGUCAAACCGUCCUGCUCUAAAGAGCCUCCCAAACAGUGCUUGAGCAAUCCAUGCCAAAACAACGGGAUCUGCAGAGAGGGCUGGAACCGCUACGUGUGCGACUGCUCUGGGACUGGAUACCUGGGACGAUCCUGCGAAAGAGAGGCGACUGUCCUCAGCUAUGACGGCAGUAAGUUUAUGAAGGUCCAGCUACCCGUGGUGAUGCACACAGAGGCUGAGGAUGUGUCUCUGCGGUUCCGCUCCCAGCGAGCCUAUGGCAUCCUAAUAGCCACCACGUCUCGGGACUCUGCUGAUACCCUGCGUCUGGAGCUGGAGAGUGGCCGCGUCCGCCUCACUGUCAAUUUAGAUUGUAUCAGGAUUAACUGUACCUCCAGCAAAGGUCCAGAGACUAUUUUUGCGGGUCAGAACCUGAACGAUAAUGAGUGGCACACAGUUCGUGUGUUCAGGAGGGGCAAGAGUUUGAAACUGACUGUAGAUGAUCUCCUGCCUGUGGAAGGUCAAAUGGCGGGUGACCACACCCAACUGGAGUUCCAUAACAUUGAGACGGGCAUUGUGACAGAGAAGCGCUUCAUGUCCAUGGUGCCGUCCAACUUCAUUGGCCACCUCCAGAGCCUCUCCUUCAAUGGCAUGGCCUACAUAGACCUCUGUAAAAACGGUGACAUUGAUUACUGUGAGCUCAAUGCAAUGAUUGGCUUCAAGAACAUCAUUGCAGACCCUGUCACCUUCAAGUCGCGCUCCAGCUAUGUGACUCUCACUACUCUGCAGGCAUACUACUCCAUGCACCUUUUUUUUCAGUUCAAAACCACCUCCUCCGACGGCCUCAUCCUGUAUAACAGCGGGGAUGGAAAUGACUUCAUUGUGGUGGAGCUGGUCAAAGGUUACCUGCACUAUGUGUCCGACCUUGGGAAUGGAGCCCACUUGAUCAAAGGCAACUCAAACAAACCCCUGAACGACAACCACUGGCACAAUGUCAUAAUCUCCAGGGACACCAACAACCUCCACACCGUCAAGAUCGACACCAAGAUCACCACGCAGACAACCACGGGAGCCAAAAACCUGGACCUGAAGGGUAACCUUUAUGUCGGCGGGGUGGCGAAGGAGAUGUACAAGGAGCUGCCCAAACUGGUGCACGCUAAGGAGGGCUUUCAAGGUUGUCUGGCAUCAGUGGAUCUGAACGGGCGGCUCCCAGACUUGAUGUCAGACGCUGUUGACUGUGUGGGACAGAUAGAGAGGGGAUGUGAAGGCCCCAGCACUACGUGCCAAGAGGACUCGUGUGCCAACCAGGGUGUGUGUCUGCAGCAGUGGGAGGGCUUCAGCUGUGACUGCAGCAUGACGACAUUUGGAGGACCGCUGUGCAAUGACGCUGGAACAACGUACAUAUUUGGACGAGAUGGUGGACUGAUCACAUACACGUGGCCACCAAAUGACCGUCCCAGCACGAGGGCAGACCGACUAGCCAUCGGCUUCAGCACGCACCUGAAGGAUGCUGUCCUGGUGAGGGUGGAUAGCACCUCUGGUCUUGGAGACUUCUUGAAGCUCCACAUUGAGAAAGGAAACAUUGCCGUUGUAUUUAAUGUCGGAACAGAUGACAUUAACAUUGAGGAGACGUCAAAGUUUGUAAAUGACGGAAAGUACCAUAUAGUGAAGUUUACGAGGAGUGGGGGUAAUGCCACUCUGCAGGUGGAUGACCUGCCAGUCAUUGAGCGCUACCCCACAGGGCGACAGCUCACAAUCUUCAACAGCCAAACCACUAUACAGAUUGGGGGCUGGGAGAGAGAUCGGAGUCGAUCCUUUCAGGGCCAGCUUUCGGGCCUCUACUAUAAUGGCUUGAAGGUGUUCAACAUGGCUGCAGAGGGGGAUCCCAACAUAAGGAUCCAGGGCAGCGUGCGGCUGGUGGGGGAGUCACCCUCCUCUAUCACGCCGCAGUCGAGCACCACAGCCAAUCGCUCGGAGACGUCCACGUCCAUCAUGGAGAUCACCACCACCACAGCGUCCAGCAGGAGAGUCAAGCAGACGACGCCGCGAGAACCUCUGCAGACUACUGACGACUUGCUGGUGGCAUCAGCCGAGUGCCCGAGCGAUGAUGAGGACAUUGAUCCCUGUGAGCCGAGCUCAGCCAAUCCCACCGGUGCUGGAACGGGUUAUCCCGGAACGUCAGAGGUCUUCCGGGAGUCCAGCAGCACUACGGGGAUGGUGGUCGGCAUUGUAGCAGCAGCGGCGUUGUGUAUUCUCAUCUUGCUUUACGCCAUGUACAAAUACCGAAACAGAGACGAAGGUUCAUACCACGUAGACGAGAGUCGCAACUACAUCAGCAACUCGGCACAAUCCAACGGCACCGUAGUCAAAGAGAAACCAGUCAACACCGCAAAGACCUCAAGCAAGAACAAGAAGAACAAGGACAAGGAGUACUACGUGUGAUUGUCAAAGCUUUGGUCUUUGCCAGACCAACUUAAACAUUUAUCGAAAAGACAAAUCAGGACAUCAACAUGUGUACAGUAUAAUAACAAAGAUGAACAUUAUUUAGUCAUUUUUUCCUAUAAGACAAUGCGGUGAAAAGUAAAACGGAAAAGAAAAAAGAACUUUCUUUAGACACAAGCACUCAAGAUGGAAAAUAUUUACUGUCAAGAAAGAGACUGAUGGAAAAAUGGCUCUGGCAAACAGUAAAAAAUGAACUAAAUGCAUAUCUAACAUGUCAACCAAACAGCAUUAACCCAUCUGUGACUUGUUCCUUGGCCGGGAUGACGUGAUCUAACUCCCUUGUUUCUGGUAAACAGAGGAGCACAGAUGCACUUUGCAAAAUGGAGAUUCAGCAUUACAAACUUAACGUUUCCAUUUACAUUGCCUGUGUUUGUGUUGUUGAGACUUUUUCUAGAGAAGAUGACACAAUGCAUAAAUAAAUACAUACACCAAACAUUUACCGUGGAUGAAGAUGGAAAAAAAAAAAUUUAAAAAUCAGGUGACGGCGAAUCCGGACAGAGAAAAAAACACCUCGAUGGAUGUCAGAGGAGUCAGCCAAAGUACUCACCGAAGAGGCAGCGAUGGCCAGCAAAGACUCAUACCUGGUCGGCUGCAGAGCAAAGACGAGAAUGAGCAGCAGACUGUGAUUUAAAAGAAUAUGUCAAUUGUGCCAGUAAGAAAUGCGGAGGCCUUUCGUUUUCACAAUGUGUGAACUCAAAGGAGAGAGUUUCCUCAGAGUCCUGGGGAUGUUUUAAAAGUGAUCAAUCGGGAGCAAUGCACGCAAAAUUAUCUUAUUACAGUACAUAUGUUUAUAUACAGUACAACCACAUCUAUAUGUGCUUUCUGGACUGUGACAAAGUGGUGUUUUAUAGCCUGUUGUAUAGAUGAUGCAAACUAUAACUGCUCCUCAACCAUUUUGGAAUAAAACUUAAAAAAAGAAAAAACGGACAAAAAGAAGACAUAAGUGUUAUUAAGUGUUGCUAGACAUAGAAGAUUUUAUGAGGACAUCUGCAUUUUUUUUUUUUUUCUGUUGGAUUAAUAAUUUGAAUCUCCCCUGUUUUUACAUGUGUUCCUAUAUAGUUUUUUAUACAAAUGCCAACCUGAGAUAGACGAUCCCGGACCAGUAAUAGCCUAACCGUUUCCCAAAAACUGCACAAGGCGUUGACGGCGGAGAGGCGAGACGUGACAACUUGUGUGGAUACUGGUAGAAUCACUGCCUUUCCUCCUCAAUCCUGACUUACACGAGUGAGAAUGAAGACCGAGAAUACGCGUGGCGAUGAUGGAUGACGACACUGAUUAAGACAAAUUAACUUGCCGUGUGUGUUUUUCAAGUGGUAUUAUAAGAUUGUCCAAUGUGUGCUUGGGCUGAUGCAAAACCCGAGGAGAAUAGCUCAAAUAAGUCUCCAUUACAACUGUUUCUGUGUUUGUUCUGUCAUUCUGUCAGUCAAUUCUGCUUUCCAGAGACCUGUACUUGGAAUGAGUAUGAGGAAAAAUGACCAUGAACUAUAAAUGAUGAUUAUAAAUUC